GGAAAUAGAAGAAUGACUAUUGUGAUGGUUGUAGUGCUUGUUUUUACAAGCCAAAAUAACUUAGCAAAAGCUUCAUUCAAGAGUUGUUUUGGAGAGUGUGAAGUGGGUUGUCUUGAUGUAGAAGCAAAGAUUGAGUGUACUACCAAAUGCUUGCUCAAAUGUCUUAUUCUCAAAAUCACUCAACCAGAUUCACUCCGUUACUGCAACUUUGGCUGUUCUAUUCAUCGUUGUGCAAAAUUUGGAGAUGAUGUAGAAAAGGUUGACAGAUGCGUCCACCGCUGCAAGAAGAUUACAUGCAACCUCCUACACUAAAAGGAUGUGGCGAACAAUGUCUUCUUUCCUCUAUUUCGUUUCUCUUUCUUGUUCUUUUCUUUUGGCUUGCAUUUGAAGACACAAAUUCAAUCAAAUAUGUACUGCUCAAAGAGACAUGUUAUACCAUGUACUGUUGGGACUUGGGAGAGAAUAAGUGGCAAUAAAUUCCUAUGGUGACGACCUUUGUACUCUAGUUAUCAAAUAAUUACAAGAA